AGAGCCCCGCGUGGCGAACACUGCAGCAGACGCCGCGCUGAGGCGCCCCGAGCCUGCUCCGCCUUGCAGCUCGGUGCGCUCUGGGCACCCGGGCGCCUUGCCCGGUGCACGGGCGGCUGGCGCACCGCGGCGAGCCGGGCGCAGGAGUGUCUGGAGGGGCGUGCGUGAGCGUGUUGGACCGGAGAUCUGGGCUGAAGCACAACCCGGCGGACCGGAGCAGCCAUGCUUCCCGGGGUGGGCGUGUUCGGCACCAGCCUCACGGCCCGUGUCAUCAUCCCGCUGCUGAAAGACGAGGGCUUCGCGGUGAAGGCGCUGUGGGGCCGCACGCAGGAGGAAGCGGAGGAGCUGGCCAAGGAGAUGAGCGUCCCCUUCUACACCAGCCGCAUUGACGAGGUGCUGCUGCAUCAGGACGUGGACUUGGUGUGCAUCAACCUGCCGCCGCCCCUCACCAGGCAGAUCGCUGUCAAAACCCUGGGCAUCGGCAAGAACGUCAUCUGCGACCGCACCGCCACGCCGCUCGACGCCUUCCGCAUGAUGUCGGCCGCCCACUACUACCCCAAGCUCAUGAGCAUCAUGGGCAACGUGCUGCGCUUCCUGCCGGCCUUCGUGCGCAUGAAGCAGCUCAUCGAGGAGGGCUACGUGGGCGAGCUGCUGGUGUGCGAGGUGCAGGUGCACAGCGGGAGCCUGCUGGGCAAGAAGUACAACUGGAGCUGCGACGACCUGAUGGGCGGCGGCGGCCUGCACUCGGUGGGCACCUACAUCAUCGACCUGCUCACCUUCCUCACCGGCCAGAAGGCCGUCAAGGUCCACGGGCUGCUCAAGACCUUCGUCAAGCAGACGGACCACAUCAAGGGCAUCCGCCAGAUCACCAGCGACGACUUCUGCACCUUCCAGAUGGUGCUGGAGGGCGGCGUGUGCUGCACCGUCACCCUCAACUUCAACGUGCCGGGCGAGUUCAAGCAGGACGUGACCGUGGUGGGCUCGGCCGGGCGCCUCCUGGCGGUGGGCACGGACCUGUACGGGCAGCGCAACAGCGCCCCGGAGCAGGAGCUGCUGCUGCAGGACGCCACACCCGUCAGCAACUCCCUGCUGCCCGAGAAGGCCUUCAGCGACAUCCCGUCGCCCUACCUGCGUGGCACCAUCAAGAUGAUACAGGCCGUGCGCCAGGCCUUCCAGGACCAGGACGACCGGCGCACGUGGGACGGGCGGCCACUCACCAUGGCUGCCACCUUCGACGACUGCCUGUACGCCCUGUGUGUGGUGGACACCAUCAAGAGGUCCAGCCAGACGGGCGAGUGGCAGAACAUCGCCGUCAUGACCGAGGAGCCCGAGCUGAGCCCCGCCUACCUGAUCAGCGAGGCCAUGCGCCGGAGCAGGAUGUCCCUGUACUGUUAGCAUGGACUGGGCACCCAGGGGGACUCAGGUCUGCAGCGUGGAGCCCGGAGAUGGGGAAGGUGUACUGGGGCCGAGGUGGCCUAGAAGAGUAUGGGGGUGGGGAGAUGGAGGGGCAGGAUGAGUUGAGUGGCAUCUGGGAAGGUUGAACCCCAGCCUGGGUGAUGGGCACCUAAUAAGACUGUCGGCUGGCUGCGCACACAGCCGGGGAGUAUUCAGGGGCCCUGUCCUUCUGGAGGUCAUGCCUGUGAGGCGUUUGCACAAGGAGCGGGUGGCUCAGCCUCCCGUUGUCCCCUCACCAUGAGAAGCAAAGAGGCGAUGCUUUCCUUCUCCCUCCCUACACACUGGGCUCCUUGACAAGCCAAAUGCUCCUGGGUCCCAAUGGCAAGCUCAGUGGGGUGCCGGCUUUCUCUGUGACCCAAGCCUGGCAGGAGAAGGCGCAUCAUCACAGGUCCAUAGAAGCCUGUUAGUCUGGCAGGAGGUGGGGGGCGGGGGGUAAGUGCAGUGGGCUAAUGAGAAAGUUCAGAUUCCAGAAAGCCGCUUAACAUGUCUGAAGGAAAAAGUACUUGGUAGCAAAGUGAACAGCGAGCUGAUCGAUUGGUUUCCUCGUAGGAAGCGGCAGGGAGUGUCUUCCUAAUUGGUGCACUGCCCUUGGCCUGGCUGGAGGAGGGGUAAGGGAGAGCCAGGAAUAGCAAGCAAGCCAAAAGGCAAGCACCUGUCGGAGGCUGCUUGGAAACAGAGUAGGCAGAGAGUAAAAUAGCCCUUUGGGUUUGUCAUCAAUUACAAAACCGCAGAGAGCCAUCUUAUAAUCCUGUUUGGGGCGGAGUAGAACUAAGUGUAAAGGGAUAUAGGUCAAAGUGUCCUCUCUGGUGCCUCCCCAGUCGGGUCAAGGGCACAGCCAGCAUGGGUCAGACCACAAGUUCCCGUGCUGCCCUCACCUGCUGUGUGGCCAUCUCCCAGCAGAUGGGAAAGUGAGCUGGCCCUUGGUGGGCUUUGGCCUUUAACACCUUGGCUCCUGCCAAGCCCAUAAAGGACUUCUAGGAGAUUCACCCAGCUUUGUGGAUUUAAAAGGGAAGCCUUCAAUUCCAAACAGAUAUAAUCUUCUUUCCCUUUAAAAAAAAAAAAAAAGAGUCAAGGGUGUUUUCCUUAGCUUUGACCUUUGCUUUCAAGAUUCAGACACCGGCAAGGUUUUGAAUGGGUAUUAAAGCAAAAGGACAACAAGGAACCUCAUGUUCGGUGUUCCUACUAUGGGGUUUUAGAGCCCAUGGAGGUGUGUCUUCACGUAGGGUCGAGAAGGUUCACGUUGGGAAAAAAAGAGCCUAUUUCUCCCCUCGGUCAAGAUUUUACUGGAGAGUGUAGACUUCAGGCUUGGAGUGGGCAGUUCCAAAGGCGAACUACUGGAAACAUAUGCAUACACACACACACACACACACACACACACACACACACAGGGUUUGUCAGGGCUCGCCACCACCAAAUGUCACUGAAAUAGCUCUUAAAAAUUCAGACCUCUCUUGAAACACCAAGUCAAACAUUUGGAAACUGGAAAAUUAUCCUUUUCUGAAUGCUGAGUCCCCCAUUAGAUAUUUUCAGGGUUGACUGUGGAGACAGGAACUUACAAAUCUCCGUAGCUUUCCUUCAUAGGUCCCAGAAAGCCAACAGUUGUCUUUGGCGCCCACCUGAGGUUUAGAUGUCUUUUCAGGUGACCGGCAGUAGAGGCAGAAGGGGAUUUAAGGGGCCGAGAGCUGGCCCCCCCCGCCCCCCAGGCUCUGAGGAGGCAGAAUCUGAAAAUGCACAGUAGAGCCCAUUGUAGGUUCCAUUCUCCUCCCGGGGUCAAUACACAGUGCUGCCCAGGCUGCCCGUGGGUGCAGGUGGGCGUGUCCAAAUGCCGCAGGAAAGUGGGGUCACUUUCCAGCCCAAUGAGGGAGGAUUACCUUCCCCAGAAGAGUCACCCUCCUGCUGCCACACGGCCGGUGAGCCAGCUGGAACUCUCCAUGGUACAUCAUGGUCCCUGACGUGCUCACCUCAUGGCCAGCAUGCUGGCUUUCCGAGCUACCAAGUCAAAACCAGAGAUUUGGUAGAACAAACGUGCCCCAGUAAUAGUGGGAACAGCCGGCCACGCCGUGGACUGUUUCAGUUCAGGGUCUCCUAAAUUGCCUUCUGGAUAAAUCACUUUUGUAGAAACUGAGUGGAAAGAAUUUUUUUUUUCCUAUCUAGCCUGAAAGGCUGUGAUUAAGUAUAAAGGAGAAAAAAAACUUAGAUGAAUUCUAUGGGUCUCAUUUUUCCGAGUUGUUUAUCAUCUAAGUAGGGAUAUCAAGGGGUUUCAAUUUUGUGUUUCUGUACUUAACCCAAAGACUUGGGGAGGUUUUUUUUCUUCCAAAGGCCUCUGAGUCCUGAGAUAAAUAGUCAGUGUCUAAAACACAAAAUCUCAUUUGAGACUAGGGGAUAGAGAAAGAAUAUAUAUUCUUUAAAAGAAGCAUGAAAAAUAUUUUAGUAAGUGUACUCAAAUCUUCCCUGCUGAAAUGCAUGUAGUAGAUAGAUGUGGGCCCAAGAGGAAGAAACGACUGAGGUAGUUCAUUUUUUAAAUACAGAAAUUCCCGGAGGUGAGUUUAAGAUACUUUAGUGCUCCUUUUAGCCCUGACUACCACCUGCCAAGCCUUUUAGCCCUGACUACCACCGCAUGGGCUUCCGAGAUCUCAAGCUUUCCACUGAGCUUGCUGGGGAAAAAGUCCAACACUGCAUCGGGCCGCUCAGAGGUCUGGGUUCCAUCAGCCCGACUUUGACCCAGGAUGAAGCCCCGAGCAGCAACCCAGCCCUUUUCUGCUUUGGGUACUGUGCCUCAAAGACCUGGUGUCAUGGAGGCACCCCCUAAGGGUCUCCCAUUUAGUCCCUGUUGCUUGAUUCGUUCCCAUUUUUUGUGUGGGCGCACGCCUCUGGUCCUGGAAGCGUUGGCUCACGCUGCUGGCUGAGAGAGGGCGGGGACCCAGCAGUUCUCGCCUGGAAUUCACAAGGGCUGGGCACGCUCUGGGCUUCUUUGGAACAUUUGGAUUCUCUUGAGUUUUCUUCCGGAGAGAAAGUCCAGGGCCACCGUCAGCUCUUCUAUGACCUCUCCUCUCAGUGGGAGAGAUGUCGCAGGGUACCACACAUAUUCCUUAUCUACUUGACUUGGAAAUAUCUGUGUGUCAUGUGUUUCUGGACCCUCUAGUGGCAGCCGUGGCUGACUCCAUCUCAAUGAGAGCGUUUCCCGGCCCCCUUCCUCCAUCUGGAGUGAGCCAUCCAACCAUCUCUGUGCACCAACAUUUCUUGAGCAUCCACCGUGUGCAGGGUAUUUUAGUUGAAUUACCUCGCUUAAUUCCCGACACAACCCAGUGGUAUUAGGUAUUAUUAUUCCUAUCAUACACAGGAGAAAAUGGAGGCUCUGAAAGGGAGAGUGAUGUACCCACAGUCACACAACGAUAAAGCAGAAGUGGAGUCACCUGAAUCCAAAACUUACCUUCUCCAAACCACGCUGUCCCCCAGUGAGAAAGAUUUGGACCCCUGGAGUUCUUGCCAGGCAGGAAAGCACCCCUUGCUGAACGCUAAGCGGGGGUGUGCGCACGCCCUGUAGAGCGUCUGUGAUUCAUGCUGAGUGUGGCCUGCCUGGGGCUCUACGCCCCUGUUGUCUGUGCCCCUCCCGCUGAGCAGGAUGCCACACUUGAUGUUCUGCCAGAAGGCUCCUUAUAGGGCUGCAAAUAGAAGUAGUCGAUUUUCCUGCCCCUUCCGAAAUGGAAGUAGCGCUCAGCUCCCUUCCUUUAAAAUCAGCGUCCUAAGUUGAUUUUGAUUGUAGGUGAUGCAGCAAACUGAAGAGCUGGGGGUUUUCAAGACGUCAUUGGCCGACCAUCUAGGUGCCCUUGGAUCUUGCCCGUGGUGGUCUAACAGACGCCUUCUCAGGGAGUGAGGCUUUUCCAGUUCAUUUGCUCGUGACUCUGAUUUUACCUGUGCGUUCUGCAUUCAGAUCUGCACGCUCUCUCAACUCCCUUCAUCUCGGCUCAGAGCUGCUGCUGUUGAAUUUGACCAGAGUCAUAAAUUAGGGCUGCGGUGGGCUCACCUUUUAUUCUGGUGGGUGUCGGGGGUGGGGGAUUGCAGCACGCUAGGGGAGAAAGGCGCUCUGGUCGCCUCUGAAGGGAGGCAUCUGAGGGACUGCCUCAAAUGUGUAUUCGCAUCCCUUAUGUUACAUCCCAGAGAGGUCACCCUGCUUCUUGGGACCUGCGUUCUAAGUCCCUUGCUGCUGCACACGGCACCUUCAGGGUUCUCAGAUGGGGACAGGGAGGCAGAGAGGUGAAAUGACUCGUCAGAGGCCCCCUGGCUGGUGGGUGAAUGAGCUGCAAUUAUAAUUCAGACCUGUGACUGACCGUUUUCCCCCAGCUGCUGCGGUCGCAUCCAUUUCUUAGCAACCCCAUUAUGUCUUGAAUGUACUCAGACACUGGUUCUGUAUUUCCACUGUGAUCGUAAGGCGAACACUUAUCCGUAGUUUGUGUUCUAUGCAGCAAGUUGGGUGGACAUGCACGUAGAGCUCCACCUUUGGGGUUUCCUGAGGCCAGCUCUGCCUCGAUUGCCCUCCACUCCCCUCCCCGAUGCAGAAUCAGGCCUCCUGCUUCACAACUGUUGCCUCCUAUUUUGGGCCAUCAGAGCCCUGAAGUUUUACAGGGUAGAGGCCAUGACACUGGGGAGCUCAUUGAGAAGAAACUCAGAGCCCUGCAUUCAGUCCUUUUCAGGACAGGGAGGAGGGGACAGGGCCACGAAAGGAAAGCUCUGUGUGUGUCUGCGGUGCUGCUUCAAUCCUGAGCAGCAGCCGGCAUGCCCCCCACCCUCCGGGCAGAGAAGCAGGCUGAUGGCAGUGCUUGGAGUCUCCGGGGACGACCCUGACUGAGUCAGGCUCCAGGAUUUCCCACAAGAGGAGUGAAGUCCUCCUGUGCGGCCAUCAGAGGUGAUGGCUUGGUGGUCUGAGUCUGGAGGGGAGGCCAGACCGUAUCCGAGUGACCACAUCCGUUAGCAGCGGAAGGUGGUGGCCUCUUGAGUUUUCUCUUCCCCAGGUCAGUCCCUAUUUCCUGGAGCCCUUGCGAGGGCCAUGGAGGUAUCUGGCUCUUGGCCAGGCUACUCAAGUGUUGCACUACUGAAUACUCUUGAAUCUGUUGUCUUUUUUUUUUUUUUUUUUUUUUUUUGGUUUAAGCCAGCAGCGAGUAGAGUAAUCACAAGCCCGUGUCAUAUGCAAUGGCUCUCUGCUUAGCGCAGCAUCCAAAGCUGGCCUGGGCCAGCGUGGGCAGGCCCUGGAGCAGAACCAUAAGGUCCUGCUGUUUCUCUCCUUCCCCGUCCUGAUCUCUGCUGUCUUCUGCAGCCUUCACAAGGGCAAGCCGUUGGAUGAGCCCCCAUUAUAAAGGCCAUGACUCACUUGUGAUUCCAGUCUAACCCCAGGUUGAGAAACAAAACAAAAGCAAGCGACCCGACCAGCUACCUGGUUCCCCCUCCUUCUCCUUCAGGCAUCCAAACUUAUUUAAGUAUAUUUAGUAUCCUGCCCCGUGCCUUGCCCAGGGGAGGGAGAAGUUUCUAGCAACUAUGGCUUUCUGUUUGCUGCCUGGUGCUUUUACAGUACUACUUCUUUUUUUUUUUUUUUUUAACCAAAAUUACAUUUGUUUGGUUGGUAUUGUCGAGUAUGUAUUUAUUGUGUUUUACAAACAUUGAGUAUAUAUAUGUACAUGUAUAAAACCAAACUUCUAUAUAAAAAGUCAAGGCAUGUAUACUAGAUAUUUUAAAGAAUUAUUUAUCAAGGGGAAAAGAUGUGUGUUAUAAAGUAAACAGAGUCUAUAUUUUAUAUAUAAUGUAGAUAGCAAAAAUAGCUUAUAAAUUAUAGAAGGUUUUGGUUUCCUUUUUUUACUAUUAUUAAAGCGAAAAAAAAAAAAAGAAAAAGUAGGACAAUGGAUGCAACUGUCUCUAGUGUUUUUAAGGCCAAACUUACUCUGGGAGGCACCUUCCCUAGGGGAGGGGAGGGGGGCAUGCAGUUUGAGCUCCACACCCAGGAGCUGAUUGAUGCCCAAGUUACCGCUGCCAGGCUCAGGGGACCGUGGCUGGCAUCGCUUAGCCAGGUGGCAUGUGCCACCUUACACAUGGCCUCCCCGACCUGCUUUGGUGGGAUAUGGACAUGAAAGUAGCCAAUAAAGAUGGAAGAGAAGACCA